GGCUGAGCUCCCUAUCCUGGCUGCUCUUCUCCUUCAGGAGAGGUGACUGUGAGUUCCAGUGCUGCCUUAGGUGGGAAAGCCACUUGGGCGACUUUGGCCAAUCAUCAGGAGACAGUGAGUUCUAGUCUCACCUCAUACCUGCAAUUUAAUUGGGUGAUUUUUGGCCUAUCAUUAGGAAACAAUGAGUUCUAGUCCCGCCUUAGACAUGAAAACCGGUUGGGUGACUUUGAGCCAAUCACCAGGAGACAAUGAGUUCUAGUUCUUCCUUAGGUCUGAGAGCCAAUUGGGCGACUUUGAACCAAUCACCAGGACCGCGGUGAGUUCUAGUCUCGCCUUAGGCCUGAAAGCUGACUGAAUGACUUUGGGCCAAUCACCAGGAAACGGUGAGUUCUAGUUCUUCCUUAGGCCUGAAAGCCAAUUGGGUGACUUUGGGCCAAUCACCAGGAGACAAGUGAGUUCUAGUCCCACCUAGUCCCAGUGCUAGAUAUUUAGCAGACCAACUGAAGAGACUCAAUGGACAAAUUUUCAGAACAGGGGUUGUCCUUUGAAGAUGUGAAACAACCCUGAUGCCGUUUUCUCCUAGGACCAAGGAUUCAUUGUGGGGUAUGUGUGCUGUCUGAGGGCCAAUCACCAGGAGACAGUGAGUUCUAGACCCACCUUAGGCAGGAAAGUGGGCUGGGUGAUUUUGACCCAACCGCCAGGAGACAAUGAGUUCUAGUUCUUCCUUAGGUCUGAGAGCCAAUUGGGUGACUUUGGACCAAUCACCAGGAGACAGUGAGUUCUAGUCCCCCCUUAGGCAUGAAAGCCAGCUAGGUGACUUUGGGCCAGUCCUUCCCUUUCAAUCCCACCCACCUCACAGGGUUGUUGUGGGGAAAAUGGGAGGAACAUUAAACCCUGUUGCCGUCUUGUGUUAUUUUAAAAAAAUACUGGUGCACAGGUGGGAUAUAAAUGUAUAAAAAAGGAAAAUAUAGAAAUGAGUCUUUGUUGCGCAUUGUUGAUUCUCACACCCUGCUUCCUCAUCAUUACAGCGACCAGGUGAACGUUGCUCUUCGAGGACCUGGGUCAAGCCAGUCUGAUAGCUGCCCUCAAGCGAGAGAUGAUGGAAGGAACCUCUCUGUCUUAGCUCUUCCUUUGUGGCAAGCCAGUUGUGUAAAAGAACACAGUUGUGGCAUGGGACAGUGACAACGGUUAACACAAUUUGGAGAUUUUUUGUCGCCCGUAAAUUAUUUCAGAAUUCCCAGAUUGGAAGAUGGAGUCCCGCCAGCCAGUCCCUCUUCUCCCCGAGCAGACCUUCGACCGGGAGGUCAAGCAAAACAUGGCUGAGCUUUCUCUCUGGACCGUCGUGGCCGCCAUCCAAGCGGUGGAGAGGAAAGUUGACGCUCACGCCAGCCGGUUGCUGAACCUGGAGCGUCGCGUGAUGACCAACGAGAAGAAAUACGUGGAUUGCGAGAACGCCGUGGUGGACUUCGGCAACCAGAUGGAAUGCAAGUUGACCGCUCUGGGCACCUUGAUCCAGGAAUACGGUCUGCUCCAGAGGAGGCUGGAGAACAUGGAGAACCUCUUGAAGAACCAGAACUUCUGGAUCCUCAGACUUCCCCCAGGAUCCAAGGGAGAAACGCCCAAGGUGCCCAUGACUUUUGAAGACAACGCCGUCUACUUCUCGGAGCAGGAGUGGGGCAACCUGGAGGAAUGGCAGAAGGAACUCUACAAGAACGUGAUGAAGAGUAACUACGAGUCACUGGUCUCCUUGGACUAUGCCAUCGCUAAACCGGAUCUUCUGUCCCGGAUUGAACAAGGGGAACGUCCCUGUGCUGAGGAAGAGGAGGCAGCCACGAUGGACAGGGUGAUACCUUCGGAACCUAGCCCAGAAAUCCUGGUUUUUAGACCCUGCCUCUCUUCUCCAGCGGAAGAAGGGGGUCACGCACAAGGAGGUAGAGAAGGGGAACAUGGGGAAGGACGAGGGGUCUCACAAGCAUCCGGCAUUGAUGACGAAGUCGCUCAGACAUCCUUCAGAUCCCAAGGGAAGCGAGAUCUGGAUCGGAAUGUGGAGGGCCCGGACCUCUCGGACAAAGGCGAGAUGCAUGUCCCGCCAAGCAUGGCCCUCGCGACAAAUCACAUCUUAAUCAAAAUGGAGCCAGAGGACGACUCUGCAGCCCACGAGACCUGGAUGAUGGCGGGAGAAACAUUUGUGGAAAGAAUUAUAAAGAAAGAAGAGGACUUCGAUUCCUGUAUGUGGCCGAGGGACUCUCCAGGAGAAACAGCCGAUUUCAGCGCCAACGAGGGCAGUCCGGCUGAAGAAGCAGCCGCCAAUGUCCACCGGCAAUGUCAGAUUGGCCACCAAGAGCGCCCGCAAAGUUACAGAAGCCUCACCUCUUCAAGACGAAAUCUGUCCUCACCGCUUGUGAACGGGAGCCCUCUGAUGUCCCCUCAAGAGACAGGGCAGCCAUCAGUCGGACUGCCGGGAGAGGAGCUGUGGGCUUGUCCUCUGUGCCAUCAACGCUUCCGGCUCCACGUCCAGCUGCUGCUCCAUCAGAACACCCACCGGGAAGCACCUGCCGAGCCCAUCCCUAAGGACCCCCUGGGUUGUCCCUACUGUCCCCGGCGUUUCGGGCGCUCGGAUCACCUGCUACGUCACCAGAUGAGCCACACGGGUGCCCGGCCUCACCAAUGCCCGGCAUGCGAGAAGAGCUUCACUGACAAAAGCAAGCUGACCAAUCAUUUUCGGACCCACACAGGAGAACGCCCCUUCCACUGCGCAGACUGCGGGAAGCACUUUGUCCGACGGCAUCACCUGGCCAAACACCAGCGCACCCACACACGGGAACGGCCCCACCAGUGCCCGCUCUGCCCGAAGAGUUUCAUGCAGAAGCACCACCUGCAAAAGCACCUCCGCACCCACACGGGGGAGAAGCCCUACAAGUGCGGCCUGUGCCCCAAGGCUUUCGCCUGCAAGCAGCGCCUUCUGCAGCACAGCUGCGCCUUGCCUCCGGUGUCUGCCUCCGAAACUGCUGGGCGGCCCUUGGCUCUCCUGAAAGGGACACCUGCUUCCUGACCCAUCGAUGCAACAGGGACUUCGCCCCACCUCACCCUUUGGGGCCGUUUUAGUUCAGCUUAUCCGUAAUUCAAGUGCAGAAGUUCAACUCACUAGGCUGGGCAUCAUCGGGGGAUGCGGCUGAACUCCUGUUUGUAGUUUCCCUUCUUUGUGGAUUGUGUUCCUAGGUGAAUCAGGCUGAUUCUGUUCAAUUGGAAAGAAAAAUCAUUUAUCAUCCCUGGAAGGUCCUGAAUCAGCCUUCGAUCAGUUCUUGAAGAUCCCGAGUCAGCUUUUGAUAAGCCACGAAAGAUCCUUUGUUGUUAGGCAAAUGUGCUGACUGAUUACCUUCAUCUUCAUUCAGUCUGUCUGUGGCCAACUCUGUGUUUCAUUUUUUAGAAGGUCCCAAAGGAUGUGGACCUAGAAGCAAAUGUGGCAGAGGCUGCUUUAUCUUGAAGUCUUCCUUGGUGACUCGUUGGCGUGGGUGUUAGAUCAAGAAAGGAAUUCCCCUGUUGUCUGUUUUGGCUUUCCCAACUAGGCAUGUCUUCCCAGAAACCAAGUUUGAGAAGUGGGACGGCUUGCCCCCAGAACUUGUGGGUGCUCCAUCAUUGGAGGUUUUCAAGAAGAGACUGGAUCUCCAUUUGUCCAGAAUGGUUAUAGGAUCUCCUGCUUGAGCAGAGGUUUGGAGUAGAAGAUCUCCACGGUCCCUUCCAACUCUGUUAUUCCAUGAUUCUGUAAGGAUGUCCUGCUCAAACAGAAGUUUGGAGUAGAAGACCUCCACGGUCUUCUGCCUUAUUCUGUUAUUCUGCAAUUCCCAAGUAAACAGGACAAGACAGGAUUUUGAUCAGAUCACUGCUGGACUUUCCGAAUUCCCUGCAGCUUUUUCCCCUCUUAUUUCAAGACCCAAAAGACCUCCUAAAAGAAGAUGCGUUGUGUCUUAGCUGCUCGCAUCGCCUCUGAGAUCGUGUGUGAGAACUUGGUUGUUGUGAUGGGGAGAGACACAAGGUAGACGAGGAGGGCCCAAGGUGUGAUUGGGAUUACGUUGUUUUUCAUUAUGUUCGAUUUGUAUGCUGUUUUAUAAGCACUGUUGUAACUCUUGGGGGGAAAACUUCCCAAAAAGCUGAAACUUGGGGAUGGUUGACCGAAAGAAAAUAGUUCUUUGCUUUUUUCUUUUUUCUUUUUAAUUUGUGUAACGUCUCUGCUUUCCGUGCUUUUUUCCCUUGAUUAAAAAAUUAUGAGCUCGUG